UAAGCAGACAAGAAGAAAAGACAUCUUCCCCGGAGCAGCCUCCCAGCUCCCACUCAGUUUGGCAUUGGGGCAGCAGCUCGGGCCACAGAAAGCAAGCAGGUGAGUGUCCCCAAGCGGGGAUCACCGCAGGCAGGUCUGCCGCUGGUUGUGAAACCGGGCUUUGCACCCUCUCGGAAGCCGGGGGAGUUGGUGCUGACUUCCAAGCUGCCUGGUGGAAGAAGAGAAAGUGGAUCUGUAGAGACUGAGGGGAGAGGGAGAAGCCCCUCUCCCCUCUUCCCUACCACAGCACCAUGGGCAACAUUUGUCUGAGGUUCUGGGCGAACUUGGGGCCCUGCCUCCCCUGCUUGUUCCAGGAGGCCGACAAGCCGGCGGUGGUGAUUGAGAACCCCGUAGCCAGCUGCUCCCCCGAUCCUCCCCAGUCAGAGAGUCAGGAGCCCAGGAGAAGCCACGGCCACUACUUUGUGGCUCUGUUUGAUUACCAGGCGCGGACCGCAGAGGACCUGAGCUUCCGCGCGGGCGACAAGCUCCAAGUCCUGGACGCUUCCCUCGAGGGCUGGUGGUUGGCCAGGCACUUGGAGAGAAGGGAAGAUGCCUCUGGCCAACCGCUACAGGGCUAUAUUCCUUCAAACUAUGUGGCUGAGGACAGGAGCCUGCAGGCAGAGCUGUGGUUCUUUGGAGCAAUCAAGAGAACAGAUGCAGAAAAACAACUAUUAUAUUCAGGAAAUCAGACUGGUGCCUUUCUAAUCAGAGAAAGUGAAAGCCAGAAAGGAGAUUUCGCCCUUUCAGUUUUAGAUGCAAGGGUUGUGAAACACUACAGAAUCAGAAGACUGGAUGAAGGGGGUUUUUUCCUUACCCAGAGAAGAACCUUUUCAACACUGAAUGAAUUUGUGAGCUACUACACCAAGACAAGUGAUGGCCUGUGUGUCCUGCUGGGAAAACCAUGUUUAAAGAUACAAGUGCCAGUGCCUUUUGAUUUGUCGUAUAAAACCGUGGACCAGUGGGAGAUAGACCGCCAGUCCAUACAGCUUCUGAAGCGAUUAGGAUCUGGUCAAUUUGGUGAAGUGUGGGAAGGCCUAUGGAAUAAUACCACUUCAGUAGCAGUAAAAACAUUAAAACCAGGUUCAAUGGAUCCAAAUGACUUCCUGAGGGAGGCACAGAUAAUGAAGAACCUGAGACAUCCAAAGCUUAUCCAGCUUUAUGCUGUUUGCACUUUAGAAGAUCCAAUUUAUAUUAUUACAGAGUUGAUGAGACAUGGAAGUCUGCAAGAAUAUCUCCAAAAUGAUGCUGGGACAAAAAUCCAUCUGACUCAGCAGGUAGACAUGGCUGCGCAGGUUGCCUCUGGAAUGGCUUAUCUGGAGUCCCAGAACUACAUUCAUAGAGAUCUGGCUGCCAGAAAUGUCCUGGUUGGUGAACAUAAUAUCUACAAAGUUGCAGAUUUUGGACUUGCAAGAGUUUUUCAGGUAGAUAAUGAAGACAUCUGUAAAUCCAAACAUGACAUAAAGCUGCCAGUGAAGUGGACUGCGCCCGAAGCCAUUUGUGCUAAUAAAUUCAGCAUUAAGUCCGAUGUGUGGUCAUUUGGAAUCCUUCUUUAUGAAAUCAUUACUUAUGGCAAAAUGCCUUAUAGUGGCAUGACAGGUGCUCAGGUAAUCCAGAUGUUGGGUCAAAACUAUAGACUCCCUCAACCACCUAACUGUCCACCACAGUUCUACAACAUCAUGUGGGAGUGUUGGAACGCAGAGCCUAAGGAACGGCCAACAUUUGAGAAACUGCAUUGGAAACUUGAAGACUAUUUUGAAACAGACUUUUCAUUUUCAGAUACAAAUAACUUCGUAAGAUGAACACUGAAGAAGAACAUUAAAUAAUCAAGUAACAAAGGAGUUCAAUAAUCAGUCCAGAAAUACAACCUUAUUAGUCAACUGCCAGAAGAGCUUACCUUGACAUAUUCAAGUGAUAGGGUCAACUUACCCAUGUAUUAUGAAGAAGAUUAUAGGUGCAUUAUAUGUGACUGGGCAACACUGCACGACAGUCUAAGAUGAUAUUUUAUCACUGCCUGGCAAAAAUCAAACACAUAAACACAGUUAUUUUUCUUUUUAAAAAAUACUUAAACAUUUCUGUUUAUUGUUUGAAAUACCGAUCAAGAGGAUCAACAGAUGAUAGUCAAUUUUUACUCAGUGACUGUUGUAGCAUUUUCCUGUUUACUGAUUAAAGUGGUUAUUCAUUAUUCCUCGAAUUGCUGAAUCCCAUCAGGCUGUUAUUAUGAAGGAAUCUGAUUGCUUUGCUGCACAGCAGGACCUGUGCUUUGAGAUUUUUUUUUCUCUUUUAAAAUAUCCUGUAACUACAAUGAUGGUAAAGCCAUGUGAAAUGACUUGAUUGUACUUGGAGUAAUUGCACAUAUUUUUUCCUAUGCAUAAAAAAAUGAAGCAGCUGUUGAAAAAAGAAUUAAAAUUUCUCUCAUUUUGUAGAAGGAAAUGAUGGGAUUUUUCUGUACCUCAGUAUGUGUCAUCUGAGAAUCAUCUACAUUAGUUUUAAUCUCCUCAUGUUAAGAAUUAGAUUGCAAAGCAGAUGAGUUAUUAUCUAUGGAAGUAUGUGAGAAACAUCUAGUAGCCUGCAAAAUCUGAGAAAUAAGUAUAAAAUAGUUUAGGAACAGGAGAGGAGAGCAGUAGGAUUGCUAUGGCUUAGAUUUCUGAAUAAUUUUUUAAAAGAUGGACCUUUGGCAUA